AUGCCUAAACAACAACAUUUGGGAAACACAAAAGAUCCUAUAUUCAUUAAUCCAUUCAUAAUGUCUAGGUUUCUUAUAGUAUGCCUUGUCUUGUCCAACAACUAUCUUCACUUAACAAUGGCUGAUAAUGGCCAUUGGCCAGUGUAUGCUAACCCUCCGGCUUCAGACGGCAUAGAACAACCACCUACGGCGGCACGUAAACUCGGAAAACACCACCACACAAUCUUGAAGUCACUUGCUGCACCAAGUUUGAGCCCAUCUGAGCCACCAAAAACAAAAGAAAACAUGCCGUUUUCAAGAGAAGUUAGUUCCUCCGGCCAAGAGAAUGGAACUUCACAAGUAGAGGAGAUCAAAAUCAGCCACCACCACCACCACCACCAUUCAAUUGACAAGUCAGUUGCCGGUGGUGGAGUUAUUCUUGGGGGUUUAGCCACUGCAUUUUUAGUGGCGGUUUUUUGUUACAUCCGGGCUACUGGAAGAAAAAUUGUAGAACCCGGUUCCCCUAUUAAUUGA